UUGAACCUAUUGAUCAAUCAAAUACUUAACCACCUGUAAUAAUCUGGUAUUUAGCAUAAAAUGCAAAUAUUUGUAUAUGUACUUGUUUCGCAUAUCUAUCAGGUAACAUGCGUUUUGGCUAAAAAUGCUAAAUCAUAUUCCAGCGACAUAACUUCGCGGAUGUUGAUGCUAAAUGGAUGAUGUGCGAUAUAUAUAGGACUUUUGUUAUUUUAUAUAAAACAACUAGCGACUCAAAUGUAGGGAAGAUUCGGAACACUCUGCGUUAGCCAGAAGAUGUUUGAAAUACACAUAGUUGAUUGCAACUAUUGACGUACUAUUUGGUAGAGAAAAAUAGUAAGCAACUCAUAUUUAUUUAGUAUUGCGUAUAGGUGUUCCCUCGUUGAGUGUGUAUGUUGUGUUGUUGUGAGUAUGUUAUUCGUCGUUAUUCGUCGUUAUUCGUCUGGAUUUUCCGUUCUGAGGCGUUUUGAAAGUAAGUUUGUGUUAUUGUUUGUUCCUAUUUCUCUAUAACCCACAAACUUAUUUCAGAGAUGUUUCAUGCAUAUAAGCAAUAUGGCGAAAUGAUUUAACAUAUCUGGUAAUGAUGCUAAAGACCACAAAUUAUUGAUCGUUAUUUCUUCGCUUUCGUAAACCAUAUUUAUAUUUCAUAUAUCUGUCAACAUUUCCCAUUUAUUUGAAUUGAUAAGAACUUCUGUUACUGCGGACCUUUCAUACUUUUAAAUAGUAUUAUAGCUAUUUCUGGUCUUUACGUAAAAUUCGUAAAAUUGUUACGACACUUUACAAAAUAAUAUCUAUAGUUAAGAAUUUUAACUACAGGAGAAGAUUAUUUGUAGUCCCAGUGAAUCUCAUCAUACAAUAUAAUAUGAUCAGAUGUUUUAUGUAAAUUUAUGUGUUUGCGGCUGCGUUAACUAUGUUCAUAGUUUUAUGAUUUGUAACAUUUCUCCAGCUUUAUUGGAAUAUCGCACUGUCAGCUUGUCAGCAUUUUACAACAUGAUCUAAAUGUUUUUCCUCUCUGUCAUAUCACAACGCUUUAAUCAACUAAAUUGCGUAUUACGCCCACCAACAGUAAAUCAAUGUGAUGUUAUAAUAUUAUCCAAUUAAUGAAAUGGUAUGUGCCUGCGUUUUCCUUUUUUUCUUUGGAAAUGUUCUUCUGAACUGCGGACUGGUUUCGAAUGAUGUCCUAAAUUUCAUCUUCGAAGGUUCCCGAAGACCCAGUUUAGCUUCCGUGCACAGUACGACCUCGUCUGUUCGAAGCUACAGCAUGCGUCGGUUUGAGCAGGAAAUACAACAGAAAGAGCUUCGACAAGAAAUGAAGAAACAUUU